AACGCGACGCGUCGCAGCUUCCGUGUAACACUCUAGAAAGAUGUCCAAGCGCGGUGGAGGAGCCGCCUCUGGCACCAAGUACAAGAUGUCCAUCGCGUGCCCCGUCGGCGCGGUGAUGAACUGCGCCGACAACACCGGCGCCAAGAACCUGUACGUGAUCUCCGUGAAGCGCUGGGGCUCCCGCCUCAACCGCCUUCCCGGCGCGUCCACCGGCUCGAUGGUGAUGGCGACCGUGAAGAAGGGCAAGCCCGACCUCCGCAAGAAGGUUUUCCCCGCCAUCAUGGUGCGCCAGCGCAAGCCGUUCAGGAGGAAGGACGGCCUCGUGCUCUACUUCGAGGACAACGCCGGCGUCAUCGUCAACCCCAAGGGUGAGAUGAAGGGAUCCGCCAUCACCGGACCCGUGGCCAAGGAGUGCGCCGACCUCUGGCCCCGUAUCGCCUCCGCCGCCAACUCCAUCGUCUAAAAGAGUUUGAAGGGAUCCGACUUUUGAUCCGACGAAUGACGAGGGAUGAGGGUUGUCGGCGC